AUGGCGACAAUCCCUGACCGCUGCCCUGGCGUGUUGUUCUACAUUGAUGAUGUCAUCAUUUUUGGCAAGAGCGCAGAAGAACACCUUUCAAUCUUGAAGACCGUGCUGCAAAAGAUCAAAAACGCAGGUCUGAAACUGAACAACAAAUGCCUUUUAGACGUUCCAGCACUCGCCUUUCUAGGGCACAAGGUCACUGCAGGUGGUAUCUCGUCACUUCAUGAGAAAGUAGACUCCAUAGUUAACACACCAGUGCCAACUGAUGUGGCCACCCUUUGUUCGUUCCUGGGCCUCGUAGAAUACUACUCCAAGUUUGUUCCACACUUGGCACAAGUGGUAGAGCCUAUGAGAGUCUUACUUCGCGAAAAUGAGCCAUUCAUCUGGUCUGCCGAAGCAUACAGCAGUUUCCGGAGGGUCAAGGAAAUGCUUUCGUCGAGUACAGUCCUCCAGAUGUUCGAUCCGUCAUUGCCAGUCAUUGUGUCGACCGACGCGUCCGACAUUGUGCUGGGAGCAGUCCUGCAGCAACAAAGUGGCCACGAGCUCCGCACAGUCACUUUCGCAUCUCCACCUACCUCGGAGGCAGAGAUUGCUAAGGAGGAAGAAAUUGUCUCAUUCAUUGAGCCAGCCAGCGUGACUAAGGAGAAGCUUAGGCAGGCUGCCCUCGACGACAGUUGCCUGGAAACCAUCAAGUCAUUCGUGCUGAGUUCCUGGCCGCCAAAGAAGUCCAUACCAGAAGAGGCGAAACCAUUCUACGCCAUUCGGGAAGGACUUUCUCUUGUCGAUAACCUGCUCCUGCGUGGAGAGCGCCUCGUUGUUCCAUCCUCCCUCAGGGCUCAGAUUAUCGACCCCGCGCACGAGACACAUCCGGGUAUCAGGAGCACGAAUGCGCGACUGCGUGAGUGGUUCUGGUGGUCACGAAUGGAUAAGCAAGUUGAAACGACAGUAAAAAAGUGCCACAUCUGCUUGGAAGCAGACAAGUCCGCCAAACCAUCACCAGCACCGUUGCAACCUGUUGACUGGCCUGAGCGACCGUGGCAAAAGCUUGGCCUAGACAUUGUUGGUCCUUUGGAGCAUGCAGCUUACAACAGCCGAUAUGCUGUGACGCUUGUUGACUACCAUUCUAAAUGGCCAGAGGUGUAUUUUUGCAGCGAAGUGCCCACGAGCACCGUGAAAGACUUUUUAACAAGUGUUUUUGCCCGUGAAGGCUGCCCUAGAAGAGAUUGUUUGUGA